CGUGCGGGCGUCCUCUAGGAGUCCGCAAGCCUGGGGGGCAUCCUCCUCAGGGCGGUAGAGAGGGCUUGCAGCAGUUUACCCUGGCGCAGCCCUCGCCCAGCCGGUGCCUGGGAAGUUUCAACCCCGGAGGUCGCCAGUAUUUACGCGCGGGCGCCUGGCGUGGGGUGCGUGAGGAGCGGGCAGCGUACUGCCUCGGCCUGUCGGGUCCCUGCAAACGCCGAUGAGUUUCUGCCGGAGACACUUGCUCGCUUCUCACCUGGGCUCCCUGGGUCUUUCUUACCUUUGAAACUUCAGCAAACGUUUUUGUUUUGAUCAGAUUCUCCACCUAUUUUACACAAAAUGAAGGCUAGAUUUUCAGUGGGACAAACAUUUGCAAAUAAGCCAAACAUCAGGGAGCCCUAAAUGAAAAAGAAAUUAUAAAAUAGGAAAAAAAAUGAAAACCGAAAGAAAUAAACAAAAACCAGGAAAUGCCUCGUUCCACAAACAAAGAAAUGAUACUUGGCAUCAUGGUGGGAACUACUGGAAUCAGCUUGCUGCUUCUGUGGUACCACAAGGUUCGUAAACCAAGGACAGCAAUGGAUUUACCUAAAUUUCUUUCUCUGGGUAAUUCGCUUGAUUUGAUGCCUUUGCAAGAUGAAAUGCCUAAUGGCCAAGGAACAGCAGCGAUCUUUCAAGGAAGGCAACUUCAGAUAUUGGAGAAGUUAAAUGAAUUACUGACAAAUAUGGAAGAACUCAAAGAGGAAAUCAGAGUUCUUAAAGAAGCCAUUCCAAAGCUGGAGGAAUAUAUCCAAGGCGAACUUGGAGGGAAGAUAACUGUUCACAAGAUAAGUCCUCAGCACAGAGCUAGAAAAAGAAGGCUUGUCACAGUUCAAAGUUCAGCAACAAGUAAUAGUUCAGAGGAAGCGGAAAGUGAAGGAGGGUAUAUUACAGCUAAUACUGAUACCGAAGAACAGAGUUUUCCACUCCCUAAGGCGUUUAACACUCAUGUAGAGGAAUUAAAUUUAGAUGCCCUUAUUCAGACGGCUGAUAAUUUACGUAUGAAUGAGUCCAGGAAAAUGGAGAGUUUUGAACUACUUUGUGACCACAAAGAAAAGUUUAGGGAUGAAAUAGAGUUUAUUUGGCGGUUUGCUCGUGCUUAUGGAGACAUGUAUGAGCUAUCUACAAAUGCACAAGAAAAGAAGCAUUAUGCUAAUAUUGGAAAGACAUUAGGUGAAAAAGCUAUUACUAGAGCACCCAUGAAUGGACAUUGUCAUCUAUGGUAUGCGGUUUUGUGUGGCUAUGUAUCUGAGUUUGAGGGCUUACAAAACAAAAUUAACUACGGAUAUCGCUUCAAGGAGCAUCUAGAUAAAGCAAUCGAAUUUUUACCUGAAGAACCCUUUUUGUAUUACCUCAAGGGAAGAUACUGUUACACUGUCUCAAAACUGAGCUGGAUUGAGAAAAAAAUGGCUGCUACUCUGUUUGGGAAAAUACCAUCUGCAACUGUACAAGAAGCUUUGCAAAAUUUCCUUAAGGUCGAAGAACUACACCCUGGGUUUUCUAAGUCCAAUUACAUGUUCUUGGCCAAGUGUUAUAUUGAUCUUGAACAAACAGAUACUGCUGUGAAGUUCUGUAAUAUGGCAGUGUUGCUUCCUUGUGUUACCAAAGAGGAUAAAGAUGCACAGAAAGAGGUGAAAAAAAUAAACACUUCCUUGAAGAGGUAAAUAAAAGAACUUGCUCUUCAACAAAUCAGAUGUGGUCUACUAAAAUUUAAACUAAUCAAAGUUGUGCUUUUUAUUAUCCUUUUUUCUUUUUUGAUGUAAGGGUAAUGUGCUCAGAUAUCAAGGCAAAACCACGUUUCUGCAGAAGGCAUUCCACUAGUAGCACUACAAAACUAAUCAUGUUAUUUGGAGGAAUCUAUUUCCUAUAAUGUCACUACAAAAUGAUCUUUAAACAUGUAUGCUUUAAAUUUUUCCUAUUAAACUAUAGUCUUCAGAAUAAAAUAUUUAAGUCAAUUCAAUAAAAUGAACUCAAGUGAGUGUUUUAUUGCUGCUUCAGUGGUAACUUUACAAAACAAAACAAUUUCAUUAACGUGAAUGAAAAAUGGAAAAAAAGGCAAAGGACAUGAACGAGUUGUUGAUAGGAGAGGAAAAACAAAAGGGGAAAUAUAACUAGUAAUUUUAAAAAUGUGAAGAAAAUUACAAUAAGAUACUGUUUUACCAUC